GCAUGGCAUCUCCAGAAGGCACUUGUGGAAGAGAGGUGCAACAACCCCGAUGUUGCAGAUGCAGCGAUCUUGGUGCAACACCAGCCUGUAUUCACGCUUGGAGCUGGCAGCACCCUCAGCAAUCUGAAGUUUGACCCAUCCCAUCCUCCACUGCCGAUCCAUCGCACUGAGAGGGGGGGUGAGGUGACCUACCAUGGUCCAGGACAGCUUGUCCUGUACCCCAUCCUCAACCUGAGACGGCACAGACGCGACCUGCAUUGGUACCUAAGGGCUCUUGAGGGCACUGCCAUUGAUGUCCUGGACCAGGUGUCAGGUCUGGAGGGCAGCAGACUGGAUGGCCUCACUGGCGUGUGGGUGGAUGGCAGCAAGGUGGCCGCUAUUGGCGUCAGGGCAUCCAGGUGGGUGACAUACCACGGUCUGUCACUCAACGUCACCAAUGACCUGUCGCCAUACUCGUCCAUCGUCCCGUGCGGCAUCCCAGACCGACCUGUCACCACAGUGCAGGCCAUCCUGGAGCAGGACGCCUGGGAGAAUGACCCCCUGCUGGAGCCUCAACCCAUCGAUGGCACACAAUUGCUGGAAGAGUACAAGUUUGGCCUGAUUGACGCCUUCUUUCGUGCGUUCGACCUGAGCGGUAUUCCAGCUGCAGAAGGUGAUGUGAAAAUGGCUGAUUUGUUGCCGAGACAGUGGUAA